AUGGGGAAAUUGUUGAUUUUUGGGGAAUGUGAGAUGAGUCAUGGAGGAGUACCCAAGACAUUGAUAGCUUCCCAGAAUCAAGAACGGCUAUGUGCAUUUAAGGAUCCAUAUCAGCAAGACCUUGGGAUAGGUGAGAGUCGAAUCUCUCAUGAAAAUGGGACAAUAUUAUGCUCAAAAGGUAGCACCUGCUAUGGCCUUUGGGAGAAAUCAAAAGGGGACAUAAAUCUUGUAAAACAAGGAUGUUGGUCUCACAUUGGAGAUCCCCAAGAGUGUCACUAUGGAGAAUGUGUAGUAACUACCACUCCUCCCUCAAUUCAGAAUGGGACGUACCGUUUCUGCUGUUGUAGCACAGAUUUAUGUAAUGUCAACUUUACUGAGAAUUUUCCACCUCCUGACACGACACCACUCAGUCCACCUCAUUCAUUUAACCGAGAUGAAACAAUAAUCGUUGCUUUGGCUUCAGUCUCUGUAUUAGCUGUUUUGAUAGUUGCCUUAUACUUUGGAUACAGAAUUUUGACAGGAGACCAUAAACAAGGUCUUCACAGUAUGAACAUGAUGGAGGCAGCAGCAUCAGAACCUUCUCUCGAUCUAGAUAAUCUGAAACUGUUGGAGCUGAUUGGCCGGGGUCGAUAUGGAGCAGUAUAUAAAGGCUCCUUGGAUGAGCGUCCAGUUGCUGUAAAAGUGUUUUCCUUUGCAAACCGUCAGAAUUUUAUCAACGAGAAGAACAUUUACAGAGUGCCUUUGAUGGAACAUGACAAUAUUGCUCACUUUAUAGUUGGAGAUGAGAGAGUCACUGCCGAUGGACGCAUGGAAUAUUUGCUGGUGAUGGAGUACUAUCCCAAUGGAUCUCUAUGCAAGUAUUUGAGUCUCCAUACAAGUGACUGGGUAAGCUCAUGCCGUCUGGCUCAUUCUGUGACUAGGGGACUGGCUUAUCUUCACACAGAAUUACCACGAGGAGAUCAUUAUAAACCUGCAAUUUCCCACCGAGAUUUAAAUAGCAGAAAUGUCUUGGUGAAAAAUGAUGGAACCUGUGUUAUUAGUGACUUUGGAUUGUCCAUGAGGCUGACUGGAAAUAGACUGGUGCGCCCAGGGGAAGAAGAUAAUGCAGCCAUAAGUGAGGUUGGCACAAUCAGGUAUAUGGCACCAGAAGUGCUUGAAGGAGCAGUGAACCUGAGGGACUGUGAAUCAGCUUUGAAACAAGUAGACAUGUAUGCACUUGGGCUAAUCUAUUGGGAGAUAUUUAUGAGAUGUACAGAUCUCUUCCCAGGGGAAUCUGUGCCAGAAUACCAGAUGGCUUUUCAGACAGAAGUUGGAAACCAUCCCACUUUUGAGGAUAUGCAGGUUCUUGUGUCUAGGGAAAAACAGAGACCCAAGUUCCCAGAAGCCUGGAAGGAAAAUAGCCUGGCAGUGAGAUCACUCAAGGAGACAAUCGAAGACUGUUGGGACCAGGAUGCAGAGGCUCGGCUUACUGCACAGUGCGCUGAGGAGAGGAUGGCUGAACUUAUGAUGAUAUGGGAAAGAAACAAGUCCGUGAGCCCAACAGUUAACCCAAUGUCUACUGCUAUGCAGAAUGAGCGCAACCUGUCACAUAAUAGGCGUGUGCCAAAAAUUGGUCCUUAUCCAGAUUAUUCUUCCUCCUCAUACAUUGAAGACUCUAUCCAUCACACUGACAGCAUUGUGAAGAAUAUUUCCUCUGAGCAUUCAAUGUCCAGCACACCUUUGACUAUAGGAGAAAAGAACCGAAACUCAAUUAAUUAUGAACGUCAACAAGCACAAGCUCGAAUCCCUAGCCCUGAAACAAGCAUCACCAGCCUCUCCACCAACACCACAACCACAAACACCACUGGCCUCACUCCAAGUACUGGCAUGACCACUAUAUCUGAGAUGCCAUAUCCAGAUGAAACAAAUCUACAUGCCACAAAUGUUGCACAGUCCAUUGGGCCAACCCCUGUCUGCUUACAGCUGACAGAAGAAGACUUAGAGACCAACAAGCUAGACCCAAAAGAAGUUGAUAAGAACCUCAAGGAAAGUUCUGAUGAGAAUCUCAUGGAGCAUUCUCUUAAGCAGUUCAGUGGGCCAGACCCACUGAGUAGUACUAGUUCUAGCUUGCUUUACCCACUCAUAAAACUUGCAGUAGAAGUGACUGGACAGCAGGACUACACACAGGCUGCAAAUGGCCAAGCAUGUCUAAUUCCUGAUGUUCUUCCUGCUCAGAUCUAUCCUCUCCCCAAGCAACAGAACCUUCCUAAAAGACCUACUACUUUGCCUUUAAACACCAAAAAUUCAACAAAGGAGCCCCGGCUAAAAUUUGGCAGCAAGCACAAAUCAAACUUGAAACAAGUAGAAACUGGAGUUGCCAAGAUGAAUACAAUCAAUGCGGCAGAACCUCAUGUGGUGACAGUCACCAUGAAUGGUGUGGCAGGUAGAAACCACAGUGUUAAUUCUCAUGCUGCCACAACCCAGUAUGCCAAUGGAACGAUACCAUCUGGCCAGACCACUAACAUAGUGGCACACAGAGCCCAAGAAAUGCUGCAGAAUCAGUUUAUUGGUGAGGACACCCGGCUGAAUAUUAAUUCCAGUCCUGAUGAACAUGAACCUUUACUGAGACGAGAGCAACAGGCUGGCCAAGAUGAAGGUGUUCUGGAUCGUCUUGUGGACAGAAGAGAACGGCCUCUAGAAGGUGGCCGAACUAAUUCCAAUAACAACAACAGCAAUCCAUGUUCAGAACAAGAUACUCUUACACAGGGUGUUCCAAGCACAGUAGCAGAUCCUGGGCCGUCAAAACCCAGAAGAGCACAGAGGCCUAACUCUCUGGAUCUUUCAGCCACAAAUGUCCUGGAUGGCAGCAGUAUGCUGAUAGGUGAGUCAACACAAGAUGGCAAAUCAGGAUCAGGUGAAAAGAUCAAGAAACGUGUGAAAACUCCCUAUUCUCUUAAGCGGUGGCGCCCCUCUACCUGGGUCAUCUCCACUGAACCACUGGACUGUGAGGUCAACAACAAUGGCAAUGACAGGGCAGUUCAUUCCAAAUCCAGCACUGCUGUCUACCUUGCUGAAGGAGGCACUGCCACAACCAUGGUGUCUAAAGAUAUAGGAAUGAACUGUCUGUGAAAUGUUUUCAAGCCUACGGAGUGAAAUUAUUUUUUGCAUCAUUUAAACAUGCAGAAGACAUUAAAAAAAAAACUGCUUUAUCCUCCUGUCAGCACCCCUCCCACCCCUGCAACAAGGACUUGCUUUAAAUAGAUUUCAGCUAUGCAGAAAAAUUUAGCUUAUGCUUCCAUAUUUUUUAAUUUUGUUUUUUAAGUUUUGCACUUUUGUUUAGUCUCGCUAAAGUUAUAUUUGUCUGUUAUGACCACAGAGUUAUAUGUGUGUGUAUCAAAAGUGGUCUCAAAAUAUUUUUUUAAGAAAAAAAGCAAAAACAAUGUGUUGCUGAUAAUCAGUUUGGACCAGUUUCUAAAGGUCAUUAAAACAGAAGCAAAUUAAGACAGGUUUGACUGCAGUGGUGUCUGGUAUCCAUGUUUUAUUUCUGGGCACAAGCUAGUUUAUAUGUUGAUACGUUCCCAAACAUAUUAUCUGUUGGACAUUCUUUUCUUUUGUGUUUUGUUUGAAUGUGCAAUAGUCGAUAGGCCACAAAUAAGCUUUCUUAUAAGCUCUCUUCCUAACAGAGCACACAUUCUUCCAUAAUAUGAACAUUUUUCUCCCCAUUGCCCAUACUUUUUGUAGGUCAGUUCUAUAUGACAGUGAAUUUUGCACAGGAGAAAGCAGCUACCUGAUUUCUUACUUUCUCUCUCCUUAUUGUGGAGAAUGCAGAAACAUUGUCUUAAAGGGCUCUAAAGAAGAAACUACCAAAACCUAAUUUGAAAUACCGUUUCUUUUAACCUUCCAAAUCCUAAAUGUUUCCUUCCAGGCAUUUGAAUAAAUGUAUUUGGUUCUGGUUUUGAAAGUUCAUAAGAGAGAAUAGAACAAAAUACAGGAAAUCAAAUAUUAGUCUUUUCCCAUUUUAUUUUAUUUUUCUAUGUAUGUUUAUGUUCCAUAUCCAUUUAUUUAAGAAAUACAUUUUUAUCAGAAAACUUGCAGAGCUAUAUACUUCUAUGGAAUUUUUAAGUAGGUAAAUGGUUAAGGCAGUAUAGUGUUAUAGCCUUCAUUCUCUGAAUAGGCCAUCUUUGACUCAAAUAAAAUUACAUUUACUCUUUACUAUAACUUAAAAAUAAUUCAUAGUUUUGAACCUGUAGUAUCUUUUACUGUGAUCCCAAGCAAAGCCUGGUGACUUAAUCUGAAAAUGAGUCCUCUUCCCAUGACCUAAAACACUGUGUGGAAAAUCAUUCAACUGGCAUGCCAGAUCCCUAUGGAAGGAAGUACUGCUGCCAGAUCUACCUUUUUUGAUCAGACUGAGACUUAGACUCUCUCUUUGCAAAAUUGUUUUCUUUACUAAUCCUGUUUUCAUGAUUUCUCCUUUUGCCACUUUUUCACAUGAUCUUUGAUAUGUGAACAGCAUUUAUUAUUUACAUUAUAUUAGAGUCUACCUUUUAGUGAAAACAUGUCUGGAAAUCA